UGGGGUUAGUGUUGGUGUUGGUGUUUGGUGUUUGGUGUUUGGUGUUGGUGUUCCAUCUGCAGGUACUAAAAGCAACUUAUGAUUCUGAAGUAGAAUGAAAAAUCCCGCGAAAUAACGCAAAAAAAUGAAACAAAGCAAAUCAGAAACCUCCAACCCUAAAGGCUUACACUGAAGUCCUCCGCUGUGCAGUGUGCCGUCUCCCUCUCCAGUCUCCUCCGGGUUAAUUAAUUCCUCCACGGUGCCGUCUGCAGCCGCCAUAGCCUUUUCGCCAUUGGAGAAAACGCCUGAGUGGAAUUGGAAGAAAGAUGGUGGGAUACACAAGAAGCAUCCUUUGAGUUAGCCUUUUCAAUCUAAAACCCAAGAAGAAAGAGAUUUAGGGAAAUUAGAGGAUUCAAGAAACUUGAAGGUUCAAAUGGAUCGAUAUGCAUUACCACUUGAGCUUUCUCCACCUUAUCCUAAGCCAAUCAAAAGGCCUUGUUGGAAAAGAACUGCUAUUGAAUUGGAUGGCCGUAUUCAAUCUAAGUACAAGAGAGAUGACUUAGAAUUAUUAGUUCAAUCUUACUCCGAGAUUGGCGUGUUUCCACACCAAUAUUAUACAAAUGGAUCUGGAUCUCGAUGUUGCACAUAUAAUGAUGGAACUUUGUCACAUUUACAAUUUGGUCGGAACAGGUAUGGCAUAUCUGCAUUGGACUUUGAUAAGCAGGGAAUAUAUUUAGCAUCAGUGACAAAAUCUGGAUGUUUAACGGUGCACGACUUUGAAUCCCUUUAUUGCCAAUUGUUCAAUGAGGAUGAACCAAAGCAUCUUUUACAUAUAUCUACCCAUAAUCAACUUGAUAUUGUCCGUUGGAAUCCUGGUAACCAAGAUGAGGUUGCCUGCACAUCAGGGAAGAGCAAUGAAAUUAAAUUAUUCGACAUUAGUUAUGUCUCUUCGGUCCCUGCUGAAAUUUUGACGAAGAAGUCUGCUGUCACAAUCCAUGGUUGGGAUACUGAUACGGGUUUGUCGGAUCUGGCAUUUACAUCAUCUGACAUUUCCAGAGUUUAUGCUAGUGAUAAUUCUGGCUCAAUUAAUAUAUGGGAUAGAAGAAGAAGCCUGAUGUCAUCUGUUCAGCUGACAUCUAAUUCUCGCAAUGCUCUCAACAGUUUACAAUUGAAUGUUGAUAAUCAGGUGGUUUUUGGAGCAGGCAAGCAGGGCAUGAUUUAUAUAUGGGAUCUUCGUGGUGGACGAAAUGCUGCUGCUUUUCAAAGUCAUAAUAAGGCUCAUCCUCCAAUGAUGUCAGUGAAUAUAUCGUCCCUACUGGAGAAAAUAGACUCAUUGAAGGCACAAUCAGAUAUCGUUCGAAAAGAUGUACACUCAAUCAAUUUGGAUCCAUCGUCUAAUUCUCGUUUUGCUUUCCACCUUGAUGAUGGUUGGUCUGGCAUACUUGAUAUCCAUAGUUUAGCAGUGACGCAUAUCCACUGCCCUCCGCCUGGUUGGUUGAAUCACUCAGACAUGUCAUCUAGCUUAUAUUAUAUUAGAAGACCAUCGUGGCUAUCUAAAAAUUCAAUUUAUGUAGUUGGAUCAGCAUCAGAAAAGGGACUUCACCUUAUAGACUUCUAUCCUGACACCAGCUCCCCGUGUCAUGUGGACUGCAGCGAGAAACAGGCAGUCCUUUCCAGGAGAAAUGGAUUCGUCCCUCUGUCAGAAUUUGUUUCCGCAUGUGCUGUACAUCCACUGAACGAUAACAUUGUGGCUGGGACUCAGGAAGCAUCAUUGCUCAUUAUUGGCCAACAGAAAAAAGCCUUUUGGGGUGAUGAUGAAGAUUCAUGAAAUAUCAAAUAAUCUACCCAUCGCUAUCAAGCUUAGAUUCCCAUACGACUAAAACCCCAAAAUACUGCUAAAAAGAUGCAAUUCAAGCCAUUUGGAAGUUGGAACCAAUGGGAGAAUGAUCUACACUUUUUGUUGAAGAAUGUGUCAUUGAAGCUUUCUAAUGCCGAAACAUCAAUGGUCAAAGGAGUUGCAAAUUGGACGUGUGAUUGGAGCAUGAAAGAUUUUGAUUCUAUCUUGUAAUUACUCUUCGUCUUGAGGUUGGUUGUCAUGUUAAUUUGUAGGUGUAGCUUAGAAAUCUAAGCUACUUGCCUAACUACGUUUUUGUAGGACAUCUAUAUAAUAAUUAGGUCAUUUAUGCUCCUUGUUUAUCAUCAACAACUAACAUUGGCUCAAUAUGGGUUGAACUUGGAUACUUGCAAGCUCCAAGUAUGAAGAUUGAAGAGUGGAGGAACAUUUUCCAAGGGCUUGUGCUUGUUUAGUUUAACAUAGCUAUGCGGGUAACGAUUGGUAGUCUAAGUAGUCGUAGUUGUAGCUGUAAUGUUGCAGUAUAAUUCUAUUUCUAGAUAUUAGAUUUUUUUUAUGUUUAAUAAGUUGUGUAAGUUAAAUAUAUUCGAUAAAGUAGCGAUUAUGAUAGCUAUUGGAGUAUAAUUUGUUGAGAAAAUUGUAAAGAUCUUAAAAUAUUACAUCAAAUAGUAGAAUGCUAUAAGCUGUAAUGUUUUGAAAAUAAUUUCUUGAAUUACUAAAAACUAUUUAAACUUUUAUUUAUAGAUCCUUGACAUUUUUCAAAGUAGUAUUUUAGUUUAUUAAACCAUUAAAAACUACCAACGCUACUAUGUGCGUCGUUGCAACCUGCCCUUGGUCCAUCAGCGAUCACAUUUCACAUAGUAAUGAGUAAUGGCAAAUAGAUGUCAUUGAAUUGAGCACCACAUAAGUGUGGGUUGUGAUAUCAUAAAAAACUGAUAAAAAAAGCUUUUAAUCAAAAGAAAAAUUCUAAAAAAUUUUAAUUUCCAAAAUAAGUGUUUUCAUGUCAAAGUUGAGGUUAGAUAUAUUUGUUGUCAUUAACAUCGAACAAAUGAAUUGGUAAAAAAGUAAAAAUUCUUUGUUUACAAUUAGUAACAGCGAACAAAAGAAAGACGA